CACCAGCACUCUCCUAGCCCUGCAGUGUGGAAGCACUCCCUGCACCGUUGGGUUUUUCAGACGCCAUGGCAUCUCAGGCCUUCCUCGUGGCCCUCAACCUGAUCCUCUUCACGGUGGCUAACGCCUGCGGCAGCACGUGCCCGACGCCAACCCCACCGACUCCGACACCGCCGUCACCGUCCUACGACAAGUGCCCCAAGAACGCGCUCAAGCUAGCCGCUUGCGCCAACGUGCUGGGCCUCGUCAGCGCCGAGGUCGGCAAGCCGCCCGCCGAGCCGUGCUGCAGCGUCCUCGGUGGCCUCGCUGACCUCGAGGCCGCCGUCUGCCUCUGCACCGCCAUCAAGGCCAGCGUGCUCGGAAUCACCCUCGACAUCCCUGUCAAGCUCAGCCUCAUUGUCAACUACUGUGGCAAGAACCUCCCCAGUGGCUUCAUAUGUGCUUGAUAGCUACGUGACUACCUGGUCACUUACUCACGCACGAAUAUAUGUUUCAUUCGUGAGUGCAUGCCGCAUGCGUGCGUUGGUUUUCUCCAACUUUUUUUUUUGUCUGCUUGCUUUGUCAGUCUGUUGGUUCUGAAUGUAGAACUGCGGACGAUCCAGAUCAAUAAAUUAAGUGUGUGAGUCAACUGUAUGUGUUUCAUCUCUUUCUUUUUCUCUGAUAAUAUGGCUGUGAAUGGAGAUUUUCUUCUCCAAGGUCCUAGCUAGGAACUGCAUGCAAUGCACUUUUAGGUUUUAUGCGGUGUUUA